UCGCAGACCGUGUCAAGCAAUGGGUCGGCGAGAAACGCUUGGCGUACAGGCUGGAGAGUUUUGGAUUUGCGCAGGACGACAUCGGACGAAUGCUCGCCUGCUUCGCCGCUGCCGUGAAGAAGAACAUGGUCAUUUCUGCUCUCGACUACGACGACGAACAGUUGGCACGGAUCGCGGACGACCUCUCGCAGCCUGCGAUCGAGAAGUCCGACAUGCUCGACAGGUGGUUGACGAGGCUGCUCUUCGAGUGGGCGCACAACUCGGCAGGGCAGGCCGCGCUCGAGGACGUUGUCGCCCCUCUCACCAUCACAAAGCUCUCCGAGUUGUUCGAAGCUGCGGACUUGUCCAAGCCCGCCUCGGUCUUCUCUAUCACGCGUUCUUCCCAUCCGCGUAAGAUCGUCAUGCACGUUGGUCCGACCAACAGCGGGAAGACACAUAACGCUCUCAGGGCGUUGGCCGCGGCGAGGACGGGUGCAUAUGCUGGGCCUUUGCGAUUGCUGGCCCACGAAAUCUGGGAACGGUUGAACAAGGGUCAAAUCAUUCCAGCUGGUGCGGAGGUCAACAAGGAAGAGGUGGACGAGGACCCCUCGAGCACCUUUGAUGUCGGUUCCCAGCCAGUCAUUCGGAAAAGCGGCGACGGGAGGUACGCGAGGGCGUGCAAUCUGGUCACGGGCGAUGAGCAGAAGAUUGUCGAUGAACACGCAACUCUUCUGAGCUGUACCGUGGAGAUGAUACCUACCUCGCAAAGAUACGAUGUCGCGGUCAUCGACGAAAUCCAGCUGCUAGGCGACACUGAGCGCGGCGGCGCCUGGCUUCGCGCCCUGCUUGGUGUGAAUGCCGCGGAGGUGCAUCUCUGUGGCGAGGAGACAGCUGUCCCACUCGUUCAAAGACUGCUCCAAGACACUGGUGACGAAGUGGUGGUCAACCGUUACCAGCGCCUCACCCCCCUCCGAGUGGAGACCGAAAGCCUCCACGGCGAUCUGAGCAAGGUCAAGAAGGGUGAUUGCGUUGUAGCUUUUUCUCGGAAACAAAUCUUCGCCCUCAAGCAGCGAAUCGAGGAGUCGACCGGAAUGCAGUGUGCGGUCGCAUACGGCCGUCUGCCUCCGGAGAUACGCAGCGAACAGGCUGCCUUGUUUAACCAGCAAGGUAGUGGGUAUGACGUGUUGGUGGGUAGUGACGCCAUCGGAAUGGGUCUGAACCUGAAGAUCAAACGCAUCGUACUCGAAGCAGCUAGCAAAUGGGAUGGUGUCCGACGAAGGCCACUAUCAAUCUCUCAAAUAAAGCAAAUUUCUGGUCGCGCAGGACGGUACGGUCUGCACGGUGAUGAGAAUCUUGGCGGCUUCGUCACGACACUGCACCAAACUGACCUGGCCGAUGUUCGCCGUGCCAUCGCGGCGCCGAUCACGCACCUCAAGCAGGCUCGCAUCUCACCGCUUGGGCAUGUCUUCGAGGCGGUGGCCACUGCGCUCCCGCAAGACGCUGCGGCGAUAACAAUCGUGGACGUGCUGUACUACGCGGCGAAGCUGCCCCCCACUUGCGAGCUCGAGGACGUGCGCAAACUGCGCUUCAGACUCGACUUCUUGGGCGACCUACAGGCGGACCUGACUAUGAAUGACCAGGUUCUCCUCCAGCUCGCGCCCGUGCCCGUCUCUGAUGUGGCUGCCCAAACGGCCUUCCGCGCCUUGUCGCGCAUGUACUGCGACGACUUCCAUGUCGGCUUGAAGGAUGUCCUGCGGGAAGCGGACCUUCUCGAGGACUUCGAAUCCGCAGUGCGCGCCGUAACGGAGAACGACUCAGCCGCCGACCAGCAAAAUGCGCUCCAGACGUUGGAGUCGGUGCACAAAAUCAUCGUCGUGUACUUGUGGCUGUCCUACCGUGCUCCGGUCGCGUUUAUUGAACAGGACGAGGCGUUCAAGUUGAGAGACAUCGCAGAGCAGAGCAUGCAGAAAUGCCUGGAGCUUCUCAGCGCUGUCAAGGGCAAAGUAUCGCGUCCGAAACGUCUCGUGCGCGGAGACGCAGUCAAGUACAAGCCCGGAAGUACCGUCCGCGAUGAGGCCCUUCAGAAGCGAGCCGAGCGUCUCGAGCAUGGCAAUAGUCUGCGGGAUCCAUACGGUCUGAAGCCAGCAAGCCGCGACGGGCGCAAGUAGGCUGAAGUGACGGAACCACGUGAGCGCGUCACGGCAUCGGCCGUGGUUGGCUUUGCCCGUCUCGCGCCCCGCAGAACGCGCCCGCCUCCUCUCUCUACCAUACUAUUCGUUUAAUCCGUCCUCCGCGCUCCCAG